GCAAGGGGAUCGGCUAGUUUCAUUCAUCAGUUAGCUGGCUACCUUCCUUCAGCCAUCAUCAGUUGUCAUCAUUUCAGUAUCAGAAUUAGACCAUGAAGCCGUUGAGCUGUAUUCAAUCUUUGGUGAUCGUUCUGAUCAUCCUGUGUGCUUCAGUGGGAGAGGCGAAAGCGAUCAAAGACAAGAAGGUUAAGCCGCAGAUCGUGACUUGUUACAAUCGAUAUAGCAAAUGCUUCUUGAAGAAAGUAAAGUGCCCUGCGGAGUGUCCCACCACCAAGCCUGCCAAGCAUGCCAAGCCCAAUGCUAAAUGCUGCUUUCUUGACUGCAACUCUAAGAAAUGCGAGGCUGUUUGCAGAAAGCCGCAUCCAGACUGCAACAGGAAAGGAGCAGCAUGCCAGGAUCCGCGGUUUGUGGGGGGAGAUGGGGUUAUCUUCUACUUCCACGGCAAGAGCAGCGAGCAUUUCAGCCUGGUGUCCGACAGCAGUCUCCAAAUCAACGCACGGUUCAUCGGCCACCGGCCCGCCGGGCGACCACGCGACUACACAUGGAUUCAGGCCUUAGGCCUGGUGCUCGGCUCCCACAACUUCUCUGUCGAAGCUACCAAAGCCCAAAAAUGGGACAGCAAGGUCGAUCACUUGCAGUUUUCUUACGACGGAAAAACCCUUAAUCUGCCCGAAAUCCACUCAUGGGAAUGGAUUUCCCCAGACAAUGGGCUCAAAAUAGAGCGAACUGCGUGCCAAAACAGCGUCACGGUCACUGCUCCAGGAAUCAUCGAGAUCUUGGUCGGUGCCGUUCCGGUGACCGAAGAGGAUAACAGAAUCCACAACUACCAGAUACCUUCAGGCGACUGCUUUGCUCACUUGGAGAUACAGUUCAGGUUCACCCGCGGCUUCUCGUCAAGAGUUGAGGGAGUUCUUGGCCGGACCUACAGGCCGGAUUUCAAGAAUCCUGCGAAGGUGGGAGUUGCGAUGCCGGUGGUUGGCGGGGAAGACAAGUACAGGGUUAGCUCGCUUUUCUCUGCAGAUUGUGUUUCGUGCAUGUUCUCGCCUGAGAAAGCUGUGGCCGAAGAGAGCUCGGUACCACUGGCGAUUGGGUACGGCCCAGUGGACUGCACCACAGGGGCUGCCCGCCAUGGCAGUAGAUAUGGCGGCCUCGUCUGCAGGAAAUGAUCAUCAUGAAGAUUGAAGCUUUACCACAACAAGCUACAUAUCGAAAUAUUCUAUAUUUUCCAUGGAUUGAUCUGAUGAAUGAUAUUUUGUUUCAUUUAAUAAGCAGUGGAUUUCACUGCAAGUUUGCGUUUCUGUACUUUGCAUUGCCAAACCAUGUUGGAAUUUAAAGUUGGGUAAUGCUAUUCAGCCCCUUGAGUUUGUAAUUAAUGUUCUUUUUGUUCCUCUGUGAACAAUGAACAUUUGUGUAUUAUUAAAACCAAAAUUAAUGUCAAACCUUCUUUAUUUA